GAGCGCGGCUCGCCGCAGGGUCCCCCGAGCCGCGCUACGGGUGGGAGGGGCCGGAGCGAAAGUUGCGGGCGCGGGAGCCGGGAUCCGGGGCGAUGGAGCCGGGCCCUGCGGUGUCCCCCGGGCCUUCCCGCUCCUUCAAGGAGGAGCUGCUUUGCGCCGUCUGCUACGACCCCUUCCGCGAUGCCGUGACUCUGCGCUGCGGCCACAACUUCUGCCGCGGAUGCGUGACUCGCUGCUGGGAGGUGCAGGUAGCGCCUACCUGCCCGGUGUGCAAAGACCGCGCGGCCCCCGCCGACCUGCGCACCAACCACACCCUCAACAACCUGGUGGAGAAGCUGCUGCGCGAGGAGGCCGAGGGCGCGCGCUGGACCGGCCACCGCUCUCCGCGCCUCUGCCGACUGCACCGCGGCCAGUUCAACCUCUUCUGUCUGGACGACAAGGAGCUGCUGUGCUGCUCGUGCCAGGCCGACCCCCGGCACCAGGGGCACCGCGUGCAGCCGGUGAAGGACACUGCCCACGACUUUCGGGCCAAGUGCAGGAACAUGGAGCACGCGCUGAGGGAGAAAGCCAAGGCCUUCUGGGCCAUGCGGCGUUCCUAUGAGGCCAUCGCCAAGCACAAUCAGGUGGAGGCUGCCUGGCUGGAAGGGCGAAUCCGGCAGGAGUUUGACAAGCUUCGUGAGUUCCUGAGAGUGGAGGAGCAGGCCAUCCUGGAUGCCAUGGCCGAAGAGGCCAGGCAGAAGCAGCUUCUGGCCGAGGAGAAGAUGAAGCGGCUGGCGGAAGACACAGAGGCUCUGGCCCACGAGAUUGAGCGGCUGCAAAUGGAGAUGAAGGAGGAUGACGUGUCUUUUCUCAUGAAACACAAGAGCCGAAAACGCCGCCUCUUCUGCACGAUGGAGCCGGAGCCCAUCCAGCCUGGCAUGCUCAUUGAUGUCUGCAAAUACCUGGACUCCCUGCAGUACCGAGUCUGGAGGAAGAUGGUCAUGUGUGUUGAAUCUGUGCCUUUCAGCUUUGAUCCCAACACUGCAGCAGGCUGGCUUUCCUUGUCUGACGACCUCACCAGUGUCACCAACCACGGCUACCGGGUCCAGGUGGAGAACCCGGAGCGCUUCUCGUCGGCACCCUGCCUGCUGGGCUCCUGCGUCUUGUCGCAGGGCUCGCACGCCUGGGAGGUGGACCUGGGGGCGCUGCCGAGCUGGCGCGUGGGGGUGGUGCGGACGCGCCAGGACGCGGGCGCGGAGGGCCACUCGCACAGCUGCUACCACGACACGCGCUCGGGCUUCUGGUACGUGUGCCGCACGCAGGGCGUGGACGGCGACCACUGCGUGACCUCGGACCCCGCCACGUCGCCCCUGGUCCCGGCCAUCCCGCGCCGCCUGCGCGUGGAGCUGGAGUGCGAGGAGGGUGAGCUGUCCUUCUACGACGCGGAGCGCCACUGCCACCUGUACACCUUCCACGCCCGCUUCGGGGAGGUGCGGCCCUACUUCUACCUGGGGGGCUCGCGGGGGGACGGGCCCCCUGAGCCGCUGCGCAUCUGCCCCCUGCGCAUCACCGUCAAAGAGGAGCUGGAUGGCUGAGGCCAGCACUGCCGAAUGCCGGAUGCCGCCGGGUCUGGUGCCCCGGUCCCAUUUUCUUUCUGUCUCUUCCCAAAGUCACACUUGCCUUGGUACCUCUCUGCCGCCUGCCUUCUUGCCAGGAUCUUCCUACUGACUAUCCUGUCCUUUUCCGUGGCUCCAGGCCACGCGCCUCCCUCGUGUUUGUCCUUUCUCUACUCACUUUCGAAAGUCAUCCAGGAGACACCUCCCUGGUUAGGCUUUUCCCAAAGUUGUGGCAUCCUCUGGAUGUGAAUUUUCUGAUUCAUAUUCUAAGAUUCCUGGGGAUAAUGUUUGCUUCUAGAAUGGGUCUGUUUAAAAAUGUAACUUCUAUCAUUUUCCAAGAAUGGUGAGGCCAACAGACUAGAAGAGGACUGCUACUGAAAAGAGUUUGUUACUUAUAGUUCACAGGAGGAGGGGCCCUGCCAUGGUGAGAGGGCACCUUGGGAAGAACCAGGGUCCUUACGAGGCAGGAGGUGUGAGGGAAAAGCAUGGAUGGGAGACUUACUGUGCUUUUUUUCAUGGGAAGGAACAGGCGAGGCAGGGUACAGGGUAGGUGGGUUUAUGAUUUACAAGUUUGAAUACUGUUGACUGGCUCUGGGGCACAGGGGCUGCCCCUAGUUGUCUGAUACCUGGUCCUGGGGUGAGUUGGACGGGGGUGGAUAUUGACCUGGAGUGCAAGAGCCCUGUGAGAGCCUGAUACAGGAAGUGGUUGGGGUAUAGCUCUGCAUGUAAAAGGUUGGCUGCACUUGAAAGGCAUGCUCGUAGGGAAGUUGUUUGCUAUCUCCAGGAAUUUGCUAGCCAGAGAAACCCCAGAUGUCAAAAUGUCAAGAAUACAGAAAAAAAGAAAACAUAGUUAAUACAGGACCAUCGUCAUGGCUUUGGGCAGAACCCAUUGUCCAGCUUGUCUGUCACUUUAUACCAGUAUUGAAAACUGCUCCCAGGGCCUCCCUGGGGCCAUUCAGGAUGGGGUUGGCGGCAAGGCUGCCCAUCAGAUCAGCUCUGAUUUAUUGAUUUACACUUCUUGGAUGAUUUCCUCUGAACAGUGGUUCCAGGGCACUUAAAAAAACACAACCUAAAAACCAUGGUUUAGACUUGUUCUCUCUGUGGGCCUCCCUUUCCUCAUCUGCAAAUAAGAUUGUGGGCCUGGAAGGUAAUGACCUUUUGUAAUUGUGUGGAGGACUUCCUCUGAUUCUUCUCACAAAGGUACAGAAGGGAGGGAAAGAGGAGCCCUUUCAGGUAGGAGGGAAAGAAGGGGACGCAGUCUAGGGGGGGUGCAAGAAGGGAGGGGGUUCCGGGGCUCUUGUCUUUGUUGACCUCAGCCUGCUUGUUCUUGCUCUGCUGACUUUUGCCUUCUCAUCCUGAUUUCUUCUCCCUCUGCCAUGCCUACAGACUCCUACCUCCACCUUUUCUUCCUCAUACCUGCCUACAAAUCACCUUGUGCUGGGAUGGCAUUGUAAAAGGAAAUGUUUUCCCAUAGGACCAGUGUUCUGAUGGGGGUGCUUUCCUGACCAAGGACUCACAAACUUUCUCCUGCUUGUGUCCCCUGGUUCACAGAAACAGGUAUUUUAAACAGAAACGAUGAGUCAGAACUAAAAAUUGGUUCUAAAUGGGAUGUGUACCUCAUUGGUGUCCAUGGGGAGGGAAGGGGACCAGGUGUGCGGGAGGGGUGAGGACAUUGGCAAAUGGGUGUGAGCUGAGUCGUCCCCUCCCUAGGUGCUCAGACUCAGCAAAGCUCAAGGCACUUUGGAGCCAACACAUCUGAGUCCCGUGUGCACUUUCUACCAUAAAGUAUUUAUCUAGCCCAUCAAAUAUAAUUUCUGCAUAAUAACCUUGACCUGAAAUUAUUUUGUUACUUGUAAUAAACUUUUAAAAAUGUUUUUCCUUUCCACCUUAGGUGUUGGAAGAGGUUUUUUAAGAGGAUAAUUUGCACAGCUUAGGCCCCUUUUUACCAAAAUGGAAAAUGAUAUUUGAGCUAAAGCCCACUUUUUCCUUUGACAUUUUCCUUUCAGUGUUCUUGUAAACAAAAGUUCACUCACCUUGUAGCAUGUAUUCCACUUUUUUUGUUUUCAUUAUUGGAUGAUUGUAUGGAUAUACUACAUUUUAUUUACCUAUGCUCUAGGUGGUGGAAACAUUUUGAUUGUCUCCACUUCUUGCCGUUAUGAAUAAUGCUGCUAUGAACAUUUGUGUGCAGGAUUUUGUGUGGACAUAUGUUUUUCAUUCUCUUGGGUGUGUAUCUAGGUGUAGACUUGCUAGAUCAUGUGGUAACUCUGUUUAACCAUCUGGGGGACUGCCAGGCUGUUUCCAAUGUGGCUGCACCAUUUUAUAGUCUUACCAGCAGUGUAUGGGGGUUCCAGUUGCUCCAUAUCCUCAGCAACACUUGUUAUUGGCUGUAUUUCAACUUAGCCAUCCUAGUGGGUGUGAAGUUGUAUCUCAUUGUAGUUUUGACUUGGAUUUCCCUGACACCUAAUGGUAUAGAGCCUCUUUUCAUGUGCAUGUUCUCCAUUUGUUUAUCUUCUUAGGAGAACUGACUUCAGAUCCUGUGCCCAUUUUUAACUGGGUUUUGGUCUUUUUACUAUCAAGUUGAAAGAUUUCUUUAUAUACAUUCUAGAUACAAGUCCCUUAUCAGAUACAUGAUUUACAAAAAUUUUCUCCUACCCUGUGGGUCGUCUUUUCACUUUCUGGAAGAUGUCCUUUGAAACACAAAAAUUUUAAUUUUGAUGACGUGCAGUUUAUUUUUCCUCUGGAUUUUGUCCUAUUGACAAGGAGCCCUAGUUCAAGAGCCUGUUCUUUCUUCCCUUGAACCCGCCUACUCCUGCCUCCCUCUCUCAGUAGCCCCUAUUUCACUCUCCUUGCUCGAUACAAUAUCCAGGCUGGAGAUUGAUUUAUGAUUUAUGAGCUACCUGAGCCUUUUGAGCCUCUGGUCCCUCAUCUAAAUGAGGAGUAGGAUACCUACCUCAGGCUGUUGUGGGGAUUUGGGGGUAUAAAUACCAUGUAGUAUAUCCUAAACAUAGUAUAGACGUAAUACCUGUUGGCUAAUUCUUCAGAAAGUGGCAGAUUUUGAAUGUUGACCUUAUGAUUCAUGUUAAUGAAAAAAUCCCAAAGGAAAUUGAGAAAUGUAAGUUAUCUAUAUUGGAAGUGCUCAGAUUUCUUGAGACUUUUAACAAGAAUGUAUAUGUAAAACUUAUGUUUAUGAAAAAUGUCAAUAACAUGGGAAAAUGGUUAUGUUGUAAUGACCGAGAAGACUAGGAUCUAUACAUAUAGACAAUGCAACACAUACAGAAAGACAAUUGGUCUCUAAUUUGUGUGUGUUUCAUUAGAUCAUCUAUUUAUGUGGCUGUAAAUUCCAAAGGCACAAAAGGUACUAGAACAGCCUCUCCCACUUCUGCCCCCAUUCACAUUACCAUUAAAAAAUCCUUCCAGAGAGAUUUUAUGUACAGCAAUGUUCUGUUUAUGAGUAUAUUCUGGCUCCCCAAUACACUGUAAUUUAAAAGCAGAUACCCUAGAUCUGUAUCUCUAAGCAACCCAACAAGAGGAGAAAACUCAAAAUAAAGGGUGUUAUUAAAAUAAUUUCCUCCCCUCCAGGGGGAAGUUUGUCAUGGAUGUGAAUUUCAUGCAGUCAGUUCAACUGAUGGGUUCAGCUUUUCAUUGUUUAUUUCACCCUAAGGGUUUAAAACAGGGAAAAAAUAAAGGAGAAUUUAGUUGCUUCUGGCAUUAGAAGACAAACCUUACACUUGAGACCUCAACAUAUAUUUUUAAAAUCUCAAUCCUCACCAAGGUGUCUAGUGACCUACAUAGCUAGUGGUUAAAAGGUUGGGGUGUGGGAUGGACAACUUGGGUUCAAACUCUGCCUCAGCCACUGUAUGACCUUGGGAGAGUUACUUAACUUCUCAGUGCCUUAGUUUCAUCAUGUGAAAAAUGGAGAUAAUAAGAUAUCUUAAGAUUGAUGGAGGUAAUAACCUACCUCAUAAGGUGGUUAUGAGGUUAAGUGAGCAAAUGUGUAAAGCACUUAGGACAAGGUCUGGCAUAUACUUGGCAGUUGAGAGUUUACUGUUGUUUUCCUGGCUCUGCUGCUACAUAGCUCUGGGACUUAAGAUAAAGCCAUUCAACUUCUCUUCUGUAAACAGGGAAAUGAAGACGUGCAUGGUUUUUUCAAGGUCUUUUCCAGUUCUAACGUCCUGUGACUCACAAUUUGUGUCACUAGCAAAGGCUGGUAUCCUGCACGCAGUAGGGACUGCUGAUUUAACAUGCUGCUGCUGGCCAGUGUUCAAGAAUGUGUGUGGCACCAGGAGAUUUGCCUCACGUUUGGAGUCUGGAGGGAAAGAAAACUAUAGAGUCAUAAUGUUUGAAGUAUAGGAAAGUGAUUCCAGAGGGGAGCAGGUCUUGAGAAAUUCUUCCUAAGAUUAGUAAUCAAUCAUGCACAAUAAAAUUGUGCUGUCAUGUUCCACAGAUGGCUCAUGUGCUCAUAUGUAUGAGAUUAAAGAUGAUGUCAGCGGACUUCCCUGGCUGUCCAGUGGUGAAGACUUUGCCCUUCCAAUGCAGGGGGCACAGGUUCCGUCCCUGAUUGUGGAAUUAAUAUCCCACAUGCCACUCGGCCCCCCAGAAAUAAAGAUGAUGUCAGAAACUGACUUGCGUGCACAGUGAAUAUGAUUUUUGUGGCAGCAGAGCUGUGGGAUUGGACAAAAGAUGACUGACUGUUCGUGGUGGGGACCAUAACAGAUCCCUUCAAUUUUCAAAAAGAAAAUGUGUCUUCUUACACGCGCCUGUGCCACCCAUUGGUUCCCCAGCCACGACUGGGGAACUGAACAAGAUGGAUCACUGGCUGUUAAAGACUGGUUCCCCAGUGCAGGGGAAGUGCUCCUCUGGGCGCUCUCCUCCUUGUGGGUGUCGCUUGGGUGGGUUUCUUUCACUGGGGAACUGGCUGAGGAAGAUGGGAGAUUUUGGUUUCUAUGGAUACUGGGCUAGCUGGGAUUUGCAUGAUGUAUUUCAGAGACAGUCUGGGAACAGUGUGGACCCAGGAGGAACAUAGAGGCACAUGGAAACGAGUUGGAGGGUCUGGGUAGUCAGGCUCCAUUUCAGCCCUCCUCGGGGGACGCGAGUCUGGCAUCCUUCCCCACCCUCUGUAGAGGUUGCAUCUUGGAGCCGGAGGACCCAGGGAGGUGGUGCGUGAACGGCGCCCCCUACAGGGCGCAACAUGUACUGAGGGCUCAACAAAUGUUGAUGUUCUCUUGCUUCCCCUUUCAGCUAUUGACUAAAGGGCAUCC